UACAUAAUUUUCUUUUAUUGAAUGGAAAAAAAAUCUAUACAUCUUUGAUUUGAUGAUGAUCAUGGACGGUGGUCCCAAUUUUCCCAACAACAAACAAACAAAGCCCACCAUUACAAAUAUUUUAAGUUUAACCCAACAGCUCACGGCCCAUUGGUAUAACCAACGCAUGCGGCGUACAUUAGCAGCAACCCUCUUUUUAUCUCCAGACGUUUUUCCAGUUUACUCUCUCCACAAUCCCAUUUUCCUCUUUCCCAUCUCUGAUUUUUCCAAAAUCCUUUCCGAUUUUCUUUCGAUACCUGAGUUAGGGUUUUCUCAGGAGCUUCGUUAUGGGAUUUUUCGUGGAAGAAAGUAUGGAAUUUGAGCUAUUGAGGUGAGUUUUGUUAUGGGUUAGUCUUCUUCGUUUUGAAAUCGCUCUCUGAUUUGAGGUAAAGGAUUGAAGGUUCUCUGAGAUUAAUCAAGCAUUUAUUUUUCCUUUAAAUUAAUUGGGAAUUAGAUUUCAUGGAAAAAGGACUGCCCUGUGGGUCGCUGGAGUGUAAGGGGUGGUUUUUCUAGAUCAAUGGAAUUAGGGUUUAAUUUGUUGAUCCAGUUUAUGGAAUGAUUUGAAUUUAGUUAAACUAUUUAUGUUUUUCGAUUUGUGAGGAGGGAGGAAUUUCUGAUUUGGAAAGGGAGAUUUGGGCGAUCAAUUUUUGCUGGAUUUGGUCUCUGGAGAAAAAAAAUUUGUGUUUGGGAACAAUAAAUAAGUUUGUUGCUAUUUUUGGAGUUUGAUGGCGUGGAAUGAGCCAAUUGGUGGGUUGGAGCUGUUGAUUAGCAGUUAGAGUUCUUUUUGUGGGUCUUGUUUUGAUUUUGAACUUAUUCCAGAUUAUUGGGGAUUCUCUUUUGUCUUAUUGUUGUUGAGCUUGAUUUUUGGUUGAAUGGAUGAUACUGAGGAUGAUGCGAGGUACCCUCCAAAUCCAUACGGUGUUGGUAACCAGCAGGGUUAUGGUUCUUCAAAUCGCCAAAAACUUCCUGUAAGGAAUGCUCCAUAUUCUAGAACAGUUGGCAAUCAAUACAUUGAUGAUGAUGAGGAUGAUGAAGAAGAUGAUGAUUUUGUGGAGGUAGAGGAUAACAACAGAAAUAAUGGGGUUAGA